UCUAUCCCUCGUUCUUUCUCUCUCUCUCUCUCUCUAGCCAGCUUUGGUUAGACAACAUAGUUCUGACCAACAUGGUGCAAUCAAGGAAAUUCAGAGGUGUGAGGCAACGCCAUUGGGGCUCUUGGGUUUCUGAGAUUCGUCACCCAUUAUUGAAAAGGAGGGUGUGGCUUGGGACAUUCGAGACAGCUGAGGAAGCAGCAAGAGCAUAUGAUGAGGCAGCCAUUUUGAUGAGUGGAAGAAAUGCAAAAACAAACUUCCCAGUUGGUGAAAACCAAAUAGUGGGAAAUCACAGUUCAAACACUUCCUCUUCCUCCACUACAACAUUGUCUGCAGUUCUGAGUGCGAAGCUGAGAAAGUGUUGCAAGUCCCCUUCACCUUCCCUCACUUGCCUGAGGCUUGACACUGAGAAUUCCCACAUUGGUGUGUGGCAGAAGCGAGCGGGGCCUCGUUCCGACUCAAACUGGAUCAUGAUGGUUGAGUUGGAAAAUAAGAACAACGACAACGAGGGUGAUCAUCAUCAGGGUCCUUCUUCUUCUGAUGAUUCAGAAUUUCCUGUUGUUGUUGUUGAUGUUGAUGCCCAAGAGAAGGUAAAGCCUGAAGAAGAAAGCACUGGCUUAGAUGAGGAACAGAAAAUGGCCCUACAGAUGAUAGAGGAACUUCUCAAUAGGAAUUGAAUUGGAUUAGCCCUAUCAUCCCAACAUGCUUUUACUUUCACGUGGUGCAUGCAAGGAGUUUCAAGUUCAAGUUCUCCCUCUCUAGCACUUCGUUUUAUUUCUUUGUUUGUCCAAAAUAGGAUAGGAGAGUGGGAGUGAGAGUGCUACUAUAUUAUUAUUCAUUUCGUGAGGAAUGAGGAUGUUUAGUGUCUGUGGCUGUGAAUGUUUCCCCCUCUGUGUGUAACUACCUACCUACAUUCACUAUAUAUGUGGUUAAACUUCAUUUCUUCUGUAAAAAACUAUUCCUUGA